UCUUUUCCUACUUCCAUUUCUAAAGCAUAUUUCAUAUAUUUCUGUUUUGAAUCUUAAAGAAAGAUUCAAUUCAUGCAUAUUUCACUUCAUUAUGCUUGUUUAUUAAUUUGUAGCAAAAAGGCCAGAAAGAAACAUGGGUCCAAACAAUCUAUUGAUGAUCAGGCCAAAAGAAACUCAUUAGAUGAUAAGAAAUUGCAUGAAAAUAAGCUCAAAGCUGCUCUACAACAAGCAUCUGAAUAUGGGUCUCUUGUUAAACAUCAAAUUAUCGACGUUUCAGAAGAUAUCAAUGUCGAACACAAGGGUACUUUGGAAAGAUCAAGGUCAUUAGCAAGACUAGAAGCUCAAAAGGAGUUUUUGAAAGCAACUUCUUUAGCUGCAGAUACCGUAUUUGAGACUGAAGAUUCGAUUACUGAUUUUAAUGAAGCGUUCGCAAAGUUCCUCACCAUGUAUCCGAAAUACAAGUCUUCUGAAAGGAUUGAUGAGUUGAGAGUUGAUGAGUAUGGACACCUGGUUGACAAUGAUUCUAAGGUGUGUCUUGAUUAUUGUGGAUUUGGGCUGUUUUCUUUUCUACAAGUUAUUCAAUAUAUGGAGUCAUGUACCAUACGUUUAACCGAAAUAACUUCAAAUUUAAGUAAUUAUGCAUUAUAUGGUUGUAUGGAGAAGGGUACAGUUGAACAUGAUAUAAAAUCUAGGAUCAUGGAUUACUUGAACAUCCCUGAAAAUGAAUAUGGUCUAGUGUUUACGGUUAGUAGAGGUUCUGCUUUUAAGCUUCUAGCCGAAUCAUAUCCUUUUCACACGAAUAAAAACCUAUUAACAAUGUUUGAUCACGAAAGUCAGUCGGUUAAUUGGAUGGCUCAGAGUGCUAAAAAGAAAGGGGCUAAGGUUCAUAGUGCUUGGUUUAAAUGGCCUACACUUAAACCAUGUUCAACCCAUUUGAAAAAACAGAUCUUAAACAAGAAAAAGAGGAAGAAAGAUUCAUCGAAAGGUCUAUUUGUGUUUCCGGUUCAAUCAAGAGUUACUGGUGCUAAGUAUUCAUACCAAUGGAUGUCAUUUGCUCAACAGAACAACUGGCAUGUAUUGCUUGAUGCAGGGGCAUUGGGUCCAUUAGAUAUGGAUUCACUUGGCUUAUCUCUUUUUCGACCCGAUUUCAUCAUUACAUCAUUUUACAGAGUCUUUGGGUUUGACCCAACAGGAUUUGGGUGUCUUCUUAUCAAGAAAUCUAUGAUUAAAAUCCUUAAGAAGCAACCUGGUCAUACUGGUUCCGGUAUGGUGAAGAUCAGUCCAGUGUAUCCCUCAUUUUAUAGCGAUUCUACGGGUGGAUUCCCUCAAUUCUCAAGGACCGAAUGUGAUGAUGUAGUCCCUGAAAGCCAAAGUGGAAGUCAGCUACCAGUUUUUUCAGGUGUAUUGACUCCGUCUCUUGUGAGGGAUGUAAACGAAACUGAGAUAGAACAUGGUAACUACACAUAUAGUGAUGAGGGUAGCCCUGUUUUUGAAGAAGCUGGCAUCUUUUCAAUCAUGAAAAGUCCGAUUUUGAGUGAUGAUGGAUCGCCUGAGGACUCGAUGUGGAUUGAUUUAGGCCCGAGUCCAUUAGGAUCACAACCUGUCAUGCCUUUACCACCACCGUCUUGGUUCACAAGAAAAAGAGUAAGCAACAUAGAAUCCCAAUCACAGGCUCAUGAAAGCAUGAAGGCCAACAAAGUAGACUACUUUCAAGCAAAUAUUUGUAGUCCAGAAAUACAAGAAGAGCCUGAAAUUGAUAAUUCAGUUAUACGAAGAGACACUGAGGGCGAGUUUAGGCUGCAGGGGAGAAGAGUAUCAUUUGGUUUUGAGAACAUAGAUGAUUCUAUCAGUGAAGAAGAACAGUUUGAAUCGGAUAGGAAGGAACCCAAGAUAACAUGUAGACAUCUUGAUCAUGUAAACAUGUUGGGGCUGAGCAAGACUACAUCUAGGCUUCGGUUUCUGAUCAACUGGCUUGUUACUUCCUUGAUUCAAUUGAGACUACCUGGCUCAAAUACAGAAGAUGUGGUUCCACUUGUUCACAUAUAUGGUCCAAAAAUCAAGUACGAAAGGGGUGCAUCUGUGGCAUUUAAUAUUAGAGAUAGAAGCAUGGGACUAAUUAGUCCAGAAAUAGUUCAAAAGAUGGCGGAAGCAAAUGGGAUUUCACUUGGUAUUGGCAUUCUUAGUCAUAUAAAGAUCAUACAAAGCACAAAGCAGAAUCGUGGGGCUAUUGAUCUUGCUGAUACAACAAUUUGCAGACCAAUGGACAACAACGUAGGAGGGUUUGUUAGAGCUGAAGUCGUCACUGCUUCACUCAGUUUUUUGACCAACUUUGAUGAUGUUUAUAAAUUAUGGGUUUUUGUCUCUAAAUUCCUUAAUUCAUCUUUUGUUCGAGAAUAUGGACUUUCAACUGUCAUAGAAGGUGAAGAGUCUUAAAGGCGAUAAGGUUCUUCCUUGCCAACUUACUAAAUCUGAUUGUGCUUAUUGUAUUUUGAUUCAACACAUAAAGCAGUGUUAAUAGUGCUAAUGAUUUUGCUUAUCAAA